CUCAAAAGCUUCCCCCCUCCUCCACCAUCAACCAACCCUCAUUUCUCUCUCCCUCCUUUAACAGGAAGGGCAGAGAAAUUCAACACAAAAACACCCUCAACCUCUCUCUCUCUCUCCUCAUUCCAUUUCUCAUACUUCUUCAUUCCUAAAUCCGUCCUACAUCAGUUACGGUGUUACCUUAAUGGCUAUUCGCCUCGGGUUACUUCUCCUCCUCAUGGCCUCGGCCAUGGUGGCGGAGUCAUCAUCCUCGCCAUUCCAUUGGGGUGUCACCGAAUUGUCCCGAGAAUCACGUGGUGACGGUGGGCUACCGGCAUUGCAGACAUGCAAUGGGCUUGUUGGGGACUGCAUAGAUGGGGACGAGGAGAUGAUGAUGGAGUCGGAGUCAGCCCGACGAGUACUCGCAGCAGGAAGGUAUAUCAGCUAUGGUGCAAUGCAGAGGAACAACGUCCCGUGCAACCGCCGUGGAAGAUCUUACUACAACUGUAACUCCCAUGGCAGGGCUAAUCCUUACAGCCGGGGCUGCAAUACAAUCACCAGGUGCGGCAGACGCACCUGA